AUGUUAUCACGAAAAACGCUGCAGAUCAAGGGUUUAUUACCACCGCUAUGUAUCAGAGAAUACGUCGGUGCUGAUCCAAGAUUAUGGCCAGACUUGCGAAAGUUAUGGCUGAGCCUUGCUCGUACUCAGCUUACCUUCUGGGAUAACGACGAUUCCGAUGAAGAGGACGGGAGGCCUGAAUACCAAAAUGAUGACCUACGGUCUGUGUGCACUGGCUUAGCAAAGUUUACCAGAAAUUUGGUGGCAGGCGUCCCUCAAAACCAAUCGCGCGCAUUUGAAAACGAGCCUGAAAUUCGCCGCUUGUUGCAUUUCUAUACCUCGUGGUCGGAGAUGGAGAACUCAGAAUCUUUUGUAACUGCCCGCACAUUGACACAAGCGCUCUCCAAUCUGGUCACAUCGAACGAGACGCUCGUCGAGAAACUUUGGAAGACCUAUAUGAAAUUGCCAGAGGACCAGGUCGUGCUAAUUCGCCUUUUGACUUCUCCCGACCCCCGUACUUUACUGACAACAUUGAUUUUUACCUUGAAUUGUGUUCAUGGAAGCAGGAAGCGAACCCACUUGCUCACGAGAACCACGACUGGUAUCCGCGUCUGCGUGUCUCUGCUAGAUUGUAUGCUCCGCCUCUACGAGGAAGACGAGGAAAGCGACGGUGGAAAGGCUUUUAAUAUUGGAUACUCCAUCUUCAUUCGACUUAUUGAGGAAGGUACGGUUCCCGACUUGUAUGAGAAGUUCACCAUGGUGGACGAAAUUAUCACUCCACAUCAAACAACCCUCCUUAAGCUUGUUGAUUCUUACCUCCAAUCAAUUCAACUGAAUGCCACGACCAUCCUGAAACCGGAAGUUGUUCAAACACAUGUUGCUUUAGGCCCUUUUCUGGCAAAAUGUUUUUUCAGCCUCUCGAUAUAUGCUCAAAAUGCCAUUCGGCGUUCUUUGGGUGACAGUGAACCAAAUCAUCCCGCUUCCCCCAAUCAAACAUCCAGUGGUCAGAUUGACUCCCCGCCGGCAGAGUUGGACGUAAUGCUACCCAAGGUCUGCGAAGCUCUUGUGCUGGUGGCGCAAUGCAUUGCGACCAUUUCCCUCGAGGCUGUGGAGCAGAAAAUGUGCCAGGAUCGUGGAGAUCUAUCAGUCGCAUCGGUGGCGAACAUGAAAGAGUUUUUCAUUGAGGCGACUUCCUCCGGUCAGGGCUUGGUUGAGAGCUUAAUAGAGGUGCUCCGUAUGCUCGAUCUCUUCUUGCCCCGGAUAAAUUUCGGGAAGCCCCUAUCCUCUUCUGGUCUACCUAGUCCUCAAGGAACAUCAGUGGCUUCCAGCGUGGAUAGCACAGGAUUUUCGUAUCUCAAGCGAGAUCUUGUGCGGCUCCUUGGGGUGUUGUGCCACGAGGUUCGGGCUGUGCAAGAUCGAAUACGAAUGGCGAAGGGUAUUCCGGUGGUGAUGAAUUUAUGUGUAAUAGACGAACGAAACCCAUACCUACGGGAGCAUGCCAUCUUUACAUUGCACUGCCUACUAAAAAAUAACACGGAAAAUCAAGCUUUAGUUGAUGAGGUGAAGGCCCCUGCAACGUGGGAUGAAAAUGGAGUCCUUAAGGAUUUGCCGAGAGCAAAUUUGGGAUAG